CUGUGGCCUGCUGCAUAUGUUGUGGUUGCUGACUAUAGGGGACGCUAUGUCUACCUUGGCGCGUUUGUUCUUACGGAAUCCUCCACCUAGAAUAUUCGAAAAUAUUCAAUGGAUAGAUACUUGUUGGCUGAAGCAGGUGACACUUUAUUUGCUUCCGUCGUCGGGACAAAGCAGUACAAGGAUCUGGUGGCCAAUGCUAAUAUAUUUCAAGGAGCUUUAUUUGAUGACGAUGACAUGGAGAUUAUGGAAGAAACAGAGAUUGUUGAGUCAGAUAUAGCCGAUGGACGAAAGGGAUAUUUAGAUUCUCAUGCUAAGACAGAAACUAAACCUAAGCAGUUGAAGCACAAGCUGAGACCAGCUGCUCAUAGAGGGUUUAUGGCUCGUGCCAAAGGGAUACCAGCCUUGGAAUUGUACAGACUUGCUCAGAAGAAGAAGUGCAAACUUGUCUUGUGUGGGCAUUCUCUUGGUGGAGCUGUCAAAUAUGUGUGUUGAACUGAAGGAACGUUUUCAAUCGCAUUCAAUGAGAGCUUACAGAUCAAGAUUUCAGAGCUAUGUUGUGUAUCCUUCAUCUGUGCCACAUGCUGCUGUUGGCUCAUGGUAUUCAACAAUCCGAGGGAGCAACCUUUGACCAUUGAGUAGAUAAAUGAAGUUCGAGAAAAGUUGGCAAAGUUCAUUACCAUUUAUGUCUUUGAUAUUUUCUUGUAGUGAAUCUUAGAUUAUGGAUGCUAG